CCCGAGAUCGUACUCCGCACGCAGCAGGACCUGCGUCGCCACAUCCGCUUGCAUUCCCGCCCAACAAAGCCCAUUGUGUACAAGGAGCUUCGUGAGCUCAUGCCCGGCCCCGAUCUGCCCCAAUUCACAGAGGAACUUGAGAAGGACGGCAGCAUCAUGAUUCUUCGAUCGCUCACUGGCCGUCUCAAGGAUGCGCCCUUGCCUCCACUUGGGCGUGAGAAUGCGUGGGGCGAGAAGCUAAACGCGGGUGGGCCAGAACGGUGGAAGACUGUGUUCUUUGACACGAUACGAGAGAACGGACGUUCAACGGCGCGCGUCGAGGAUGAAAUCAUCCAUGCGUGGGCCGAUGUGAAGAUCUCCGAGACGGACAACGUAGCCAAGCUAUUGGAAGACCAGGAUCUCAAGGCCAGCUCGGCGGCACAGGGUCCGAUCAAGGAGAAGAAGACGGAGGCACCCAAGAAGAAGAAGAAGGGACGCCGCAGCCUCAAAAUCACCAACACACAUAUGAAAGAGCUUGGUAUCGACUUUACGAAGGACUACGAGGCGCCAUCGUAGACGCGUUGCUGUGCCGCCACAACGAUCCUCAAUCCGCUGGAACGAUAUUCGUGUCAUUGUUUAUCUCGGUGGUUUGUUUGGACAACGCCGCUGUGGCGUGUUGUCACCAAUUACCUUUGUUAUUGCGUUACGGUCCUACGGUGUAACCGCCAUCCCACUUUCCGUGCAUCUCCGCUUUGAGAGUCAGCCACGUUGGUCGAUCCUGUAUGAUACUUGUAUCCAGUCGUUGCGGCCGUAGUUGGAGGAGUGAGCCUUGCAUGCAUCUAUCAAAUGCAUUGGAUAGAGGG